ACCUCUCACACUCGUCACUAUUUGACGUUCAGCUGAUAUUAUUCAGCUGACAGCGCCGUGACAAGUUUAUAUCGAGAGAAGUGACUACGUUGCUAUUUCACAUUUAUUCUUUACCGAAAUUUCCGAUAUUGGAAUCUCUUGUCAAGCAAGUGGAAAAUUUCACAAACUGAGUCUCUGCAACGAAACGUUUGUACGAAUAUUUGGGAGUCAACGGAAGUGGGUCUCACUGAAGCAAGAUGACCGAAAAAGUGAAUUACUCUGACAGCAAAGUAGAGAUAAAAACAGCUGAGCAACCACCAUCGUAUGAUAGUGUUGUUGCGAAAACGCCACCAAUCAGCAAAUUGCGCAUCAUAAAGAAUGCUCUGGUUUUGAGCUUUGGCUUCUUAUUCCUAUUUACAUCAUUCCAGGCGUUGAUGAACUUACAGAGUACAUUGAACCAAGAAGCCGAUGUCGGGCUUAUAUCCACAGCGGUUAUUUACGCAGCUCUUAUUCUUUCAUGCCUAUUUCUACCACCACCGAUCAUCAGUCUUCUCGGAUGCAAAUGGACUGUAGCUUUAAGCAUGGUUACCUACACAAUUUACGUUGCUGGAAAUUUUUACCCGAAAAUGUGGACGAUGGUCAUAGUGUCCGCCAUUGUUGGAUUAGGAGCAGCUCCGUUAUGGUCAGCAAAAUGUGCAUACCUCACGGAAAUUGGAAUUUGGUACUCCAAAUGGAAAAAUAUCGAUUCAGAUUCUUCAAUUAACCAUUUCUUUGGAGUUUUCUUCAUGAUUUUUCAGUCAUCCCAAAUAUGGGGAAAUCUUAUUUCCUCGUUGAUACUCGGCCAGAACACUAAUCAACAUUCAGAUUUCAACUCGUCGAAUAGAUCCUGUGGCGCUAAUUAUGAUUUAAAUGCCGGUGGUCCGCCACCAAUUUCCUCUGUAGACGAACAUCAGGUAAGAGAAAUUGUACAUAAAUAUUUCAGUCGUAUACUCAGAGUAUCUAAGUAUUAUGUAACCUAAAGCAGUGGUUCCCAA